AGGGUAAAGGUCGCAGUGGACUGGACUUCUUUUUAGCCUCGCUGCGAGUUGACACAUUUAUCAGCUCAUUUCUGUUUAAAAGUUAAAUCUUGACUGUGGAGGAUUGUUGAACCGACGCCAUGGCUCUUCUCAGAGGUGUUUUUAUCGUAGCAGCUAAGCGCACUCCAUUUGGUACAUAUGGCGGAGUGCUGAGGGAUCACAGUGCAACAGAUUUGGCUGAGCACGCAGCCAAAGCUGCCCUCGCUGCAGGGGGGUUGGCUCCAGAGAUUGUCAACAGUGUCAUCAUGGGAAAUGUCAUGCAGAGUUCAGCAGAUGCUCCAUACAUUGCUCGUCACGUCGGUCUGAGGUGUGGAGUUCCCAUCCCGGUUCCUGCUCUCACCGUGAACAGACUGUGUGGUUCUGGUUUUCAGUCCAUCAUCAGCGGCGCUCAUGAGAUUUGUCUCAAGGAGUCAGAGGUGGUCCUGUGCGGAGGAUCAGAGAGUAUGAGCCAGGCUCCUUAUGCUGUUCGUAACAUCCGCUUUGGAACAAAAUUUGGAGUCGACCUUAAGCUGGAGGACACUUUGUGGGCGGGUCUAACCGAUCUGCAAAUUAAGACUCCAAUGGGAAUCACAGCAGAGAACCUGGCAGAGAAAUACCAGAUAACACGAGAGGACUGCGACAACUAUGCAUACCAGACACAGCAAAGGUGGAAAGCAGCUCAUGAUGGGGGUCGCUUUACGGCUGAAAUGGCUCCUAUUGAAGUGAAAGCUAAAAAAGGCAAAGUGUCCAUGGCUCAGGAUGAACACCCUCGGCCUCAGACUACACUGGAACAGAUGGCCAAACUACCUACUGUCUUCAAGAAGGGAGGGACCGUCACCGCUGCUAAUGCUUCGGGUGUCUCUGAUGGAGCUGCUGCUCUUGUGAUCACAAGUGAAGAUGCGCUAAAGGAACACAAGCUCACUCCACUCGCCAGAAUUGUGGCCUAUCAUGUUUCAGGCUGUGACCCGAGCAUUAUGGGCAUUGGUCCAGUACCGGCAGUUACAGAAGCUCUUAAAAAAGCCGGCCUGUCCCUGAAUGACAUGGAUCUUGUUGAGGUGAAUGAAGCUUUUGCUCCUCAGUACCUGGCUGUUGCCAAGGCUCUUGGACUGGAUCCAGAGAAAAGCAAUGUUGACGGUGGAGCUAUUGCCCUCGGACAUCCGCUUGGUGCCUCUGGAGCACGUAUCACUGCUCACCUGGUACAUGAGCUCAGACGUCGAGGAGGCAAAUACGCCGUUGGGUCCGCCUGUAUUGGAGGAGGCCAAGGGAUCGCCAUCAUCCUCCAAAACUGCUGAACAACAAAGCUGAUGGUUGGAGAAGGCUUCCUGAAUGUCCUGCACACAAACCGUCCACUGAUGUGAAAUAAUGCAAGCUCAUGUCAUUUUUUCUAGAACAUGAUGUUUUAAUAAAACACAGGUCUCCAUGUCAAAAAAGCAUUACUAAUCUAUCUUUUGCCCUGUACUUGGUAUGUGAUUUCUACGAGUUAAAUUGAUUCACGUGACAAAACAUUUACCUCUACAGCAGCUUUGGCAGCUCUAGGAAGAUAAAGGACUGACUUUAGACUGCAUCUCUCAUUGCACAAAUGUUAAGAACCCUGAUUUUCAUGUGCCUAAAAUACAGUGGUGGGUCACUGGUUAAGCUGACGUGCAGUAACUUAUUCAAAUAAACUGUCUGCCAUGGAAUGCUCUUGAUCACUCCAUUUUCAGGGUUUACUGUUGUCAGAGCCAAGACACUUGUAUGAACUGAUUUUAUACAUCUGUAAUAAAGAAUCAAAAG